UCACAACAUUACUACCUACUACUGCAUUAUUUAAAUCGUAAACAAUUCAUAUCUGUUAUUUAUAUAUUAAAGAACAGAAAAUAAACAAAUUUAUAUCUAAAAGUUCUAAAUUGUUUUAUUUAAUUUUAAUUACUUUAAAAUUUGCAAAUGUCUACGUUAAAUAUUUUGUGUGCAAUUUGUAGUGAAUAUUUUAAACAAAACGAUACAAUAUACUCGACCCGUUGUGGACAUGUAUUCCAUAAGAGAUGUCUGUUCAGGUGGCUAAGACGUUCAUUAACCUGUCCACAAUGUCGAAAGAAUUGUUUGAAACAUAAUUGUCAUCAGUUGUAUAUUAAUUUUGUGGAAACGGUACCUAAUGAAAACGGAACGGAAAUAGAAUUUCCUAAAUGUUACGAUUGGCUUUAUAUAGAGACAGAUAUGGAUAUGACUGAUAUAGAGAGUUUUGCUUUGAAAUUUGGUCAGGAUGAAGAGGGCAAUGUUAUAUAUGCCGCUCGUGGUCGAUUCAAUGGUGAUCUUAUACCUGGCUAUUAUGUACCUCAAAAGAAAUCCGUUAUUGUUCCUUGGGGUUUUAAAUCACACACAACUACUGAUGACAUUGAAUUAUUGGACAUUUCAAAUGAUAAUGCAGAAUACAAAUGGGUUGCAGCAUCAAAUGGUGAUAUACCCGAAAAUGCCUUUGCCACUGGACACACUGUCAUGGGUGAUGUUCUCUAUACGGCGCGAGCAAAACAUGAGAAUAUGAUAUUAUAUGGUAAACUGCAUCAACGUUAUAAUUCAGCAUAUGUGCCUUUUAAAGAUCUGGAAAUUUGUACUAGUACCUACGAGAUUUUAGUGAGGAAACCUAAAAAAAAUACUACUACAAAUGUUCAGCUCUAAAAGCAUAUCCUAAUAUUUUAUGAAUAAAAAUAAAACAAAAUAAUUGCAAACUGAAACUUUAGUUUUAAAA